UGGCCUCUCGCUGGCCCUGGCCUCAGGUGACAACGAUGCUGGAGUUGGGGCCGGAGGAAAGAUGGGGCUCGGAGGUGCUUGGGCACUCCCCAUCCCAGGGCGGUCUGUGUCUGUCCGGCCUGGUGGGACCUGUGAGGCAAGUGAGAGGCUCUUGUCCCCGUCGCUGCUUCGCUGUCCUCACACACUGUGUUUUAAGUCCGCGAGGGAGAUGGAGCCUGUGCUGGGGCAGCGCCAGUCCCACGGCAGUGGCAAGGGCACUGCCCCUCAUGCCUGUCCCCACUCAGUGGGGAUGGUGAUGCAGCAGGUCAACUUCCAGCAGCGGCUUGAGCCUUCACAGCAAGAAGGCGGGGAGUACCUGCAGAUGUUCAACACGGAUGAGAUGUUCCACGUGGACCUGGUGAAGGAGGAGACCAUCUGGCGCCUGCCUGAGUUCGGGGAGUUCACCAGCUUUGAUGCCCAGGGAGCUCUGCAGAACAAAGCCAUCCUGAAGCACAACCUGGAGAUCUGGAUGAAGAGAUUCAACUACUCGCAGACCCACUUUGAGCCACCUGAGGUGACGGUGUUCACCAAACGUCGCGUGGAGCUGGGGGAGCCCAAC